UGUACUGUGGGCUGGAGGCCUUUGAUACUGAAAUAAAUGAAACUUGAAACUUGAAUAAUGCUUCAGAUCAAAUUUCACCAAAAUCUAUUCAGUUCUUUAGGAAUAGUAGAGAUUUAAAGGAUCAAUUUACAUCCAUUACCCUUCCGCUACGGCCAAAGAGCCACACCCUCCUUUUAAUACAUUGGAUUUCGUUUACCCAAUAAUUCUCCUGACCUGAUAUUUCAUCAAAAUCCAUUCAGUCAUUCAGGACUAGAAGCAAUUUAAAUUAUUCACUUUGAGUUUCUCUAUUGGGUCUGUCCCGCCCCUCUGGCCCCAGGGGAGCUACGUCCUUCAUUUAUACAACAUUGAAUCUCCUUUACCCAAUCAUGCCCAUAACCAAAUUUCAUUGAAUUAUAUCAAAUUUCCUAAAAAUUUGUUCAGUCAUUUAGGACUAGUAAAGACUAACGGAUUUAACUCUACCAGGUAUUUCGCCUAUUAGGCCUCGCUCUUCCAGCCCCAAGGGAGCCACUCCCUCCAUUUAUUCAACAAUGGAUUUACUUUGCAAAAUAAUGCUCCAGAAAAAUUUUCAUCAAAAUACUUUUAGUCACUCAGUAAAAGCAGCGAUUCAAAGGAUUUACCUCUAUUGGACUGUGCCCCUCCUGACUCAGAGGAUCGAGUCACACCCUCCAUUCAAACAACAUUUUAUCACCUUUGCCUAAUAAUGCUCCAGUUCAAAUUUUAUCAGACUAAUCCAUUCAGACAUUCAGGACUAGUAUCAAUUCAAAGGAAAUGUCGAUAGACAAAGAAAGAUGGAAGCUACACCAUGGCAUAUAAGCUCAUCAGCCAAUGGGGCCAGGUUACUUAUGAACAAGACAUUAUGGAAAGCAACAGAAAUGAGGAGAAGUGGUAAAUGGGGUUUUUAUGGGUUCCCACGGUGUUACAACUACCGCCAAGGACAAGCUUACUGUGCCAACGACACCAUACAGUAUAAUAAUGAAUUAUCAUGGCUUUUCAAUGCUAGUUUGGCACUCUUCCCUUCGAUCUACUUGGAUAAAGAUUUGUUCCCAAGUGUGGUAGAAAGGGCCCUUCGGGUUCAGGGGAUCCUCAGGGAGUCACUGAGGGUGAGGAACAUGCUGAAGGAGUCACACCAGUGUAUAGAGUGCCAACAGACCAGGACCAAGCCGAUUUACGCCUACACUAGAUACCGGUACAGACAGGAACAGUUUUACAUCACUUCUGACCUUGAGAAUACUAUCGGCCAGUCCUUUGAUGCAGGUUUGGAUGGCGUCGUAGUGUGGGAUAGCUCAGCUAACUUUGAAAACACGUCCGAUUGUGUAUCAAUGAGAGACUACCUGGCACAGACACUUGGGCCCUAUAUUAAAACCAUCACCAGCUUUGCCAGUCAGUGUCAUACCCAGUGGUGCAGUCAACAUGGCCGCUGUGUUCGGACAGCGUGGCCUCCUACACAACACAGAAACUACAAGGAAGACCAACAAAACAGACGAGAAUUUUCUAUGUACCGGUGUGUCUGUUCCAAACCAUGGUCUGGACAGCACUGUGAACAUCACAUGUGAAAUGAAUGUUGUAACUUACCAAAUAAAACUUAAACAGAAUAA